AUGUAUGCUAUGCUUACUUGCCAUCCGCCUUUGGGCCAGACCACCACGGUAGCUCCAGGGAAGGACUCGGUCAGGUUCACGGUAGUAAUCGAAAGCUCAACGGGCUCCGAGAAGUCAUGGGAAGUAGCCCUUUGGAACAAUCUCGAAGUUCACGACCAAUGGGCGAGCCUGAGUCUCAACCCCAUGAUCGGGCCGUCCGUGGCCGUGAUCAAACCAACACAGGCUAUUGUUCAACGUCAUUACUUCUCUAUAGACCUACCUGGACGACCUAAGCAUGGCGCCUCUGUCUCCUUUACAGUUACUUUCAGAGGGUCCAAGAUACAGAACGAACCAUGGAAAUGGGCUAACGAGCAAUUUUCCACUUCAGAUGGUCGUCUCAUCUACCAGUCGCAGGAUUUAUUCGAGACCGAUUUGACUAAUUACAUUGAUGGCCUUCCUCCAUUCGUGACAAUCAACAAAGAACCAAGUGACACCCCAAACACCAUGCUGUGGUCAAUUACUAGCCCCGUCAGUGCGGCCACAGGCAAAAUACCAGGCACAUCUUUUGAGAAGCUGGGUAUGCCAUCGAACCUGUCCCGCUGGUUCGCAUUAGUACGCCUCUGGGGCCCAUGGAUUGCUCCUAGACAAGGUAAGGACAGAUUUGAACCAGAUAAAGAAGCCAUCCUAGCAGUGUUUGAACGUCAUGAUGGUGGCCAUCUCGCAGUGCUUCCAAUUAGCGGUGUUCAUGAUGUCCUGACCACCCUCACCCAUGAUGGCGAAAAAAGAAUAGUCUUCAACACUCAGAACGAUGCGGAGAAAGAGGGCAAGACUCAGAUCAUCGUAGCAGUCGGCAAGAGCUCAGAAGAUGCUGUGGCUGCAGUCAUGUAUCAUGCACGAAGGGUAGUCAUGAGUUACGCAGCAGCGUCGGGUGAAAUGGGCGCUGAGAUGAAUGCCUUGGCGGCUGACUUCAAGCCGCAAUGGCUAGAGAACUGGUAUGACGGUUUGGCAUUCUGUACAUGGAACAGCAUCGGCCAGAACCUCACCGAAGAGAAGCUUUCAGACGCCCUCGGCUCCCUGGCCAAGAACAAUAUCAAUGUCAGUAGUUUGAUCAUCGAUGAUGGCUGGCAGUCAGUCAGCUCAGGAGACACCCAAUUCCAAACUGCUUGGCUAGAAUUCGAGGCAAGCAAAGAAAGAUUUCCUCGUGGACUCAAGGCCACUAUUGGGGACAUCCGGGAGAAAUACAAGCAUAUUAAGCAUGUCGCUGUGUGGCACGCCCUGUUCGGCUACUGGGGCGGCAUCGCACCGGAAGGUCGCAUUGCUAAAGAGUACAAGACCAAGGUUGUAGAACUAAAACACGGCGUAUCAGGAGGCAAGGUGAUGGUCGUCUCAGAUGAGGAUGUCGAUCGCUUCUACAAAGAUUUCUACACCUUCUUGAGCGACGCAGGCAUUGACUCUGUCAAAACGGACGGGCAAUUCUUUGUCGAUGAGGUCAAUGAUGCUGAUGAUCGUCGACACCUGAUCAACGCAUACCAAGAUGCUUGGAACAUAGCACAACUCCGCCAUCUCUCUGCUAGAGCGAUUUCGUGCAUGUCACAGACACCCCAGAUUAUGUUCCACUCAUUACUACCCACGAAUAAGCCGCGCAUCCUGUUUAGAAACUCGGAUGACUUCUUCCCUGACGUUCCCGCCUCGCAUCCAUGGCACAUCUUCUGCAACGCUCAUAACUCCAUUUUUACACAACACCUUAACAUUCUCCCUGAUUGGGACAUGUUCCAGACUUCCCACGACUAUGCUGCUUUCCACGCUGCUGGCCGCUGUGUCUCUGGAGGACCAGUCUACAUCACCGAUGUUGCGGGACAACAUGAUUUGAAGCUGAUUGCGCAAAUGACAGGCAAUACACCGCGCGGUGACACGGUAAUCUUACGUCCCCACACUGUUGGAAAGAGUACCUCGGCCUACAACUCUUACAACGACGCUAUCCUUCUCAAGAUCGCGACAUAUGUUGGCAUGGCCCAUACCGGAGUCAGCAUCCUCGGUGUCUUCAACUGCACCUCUCGCACUCUCGCAGAAUUCAUUGGUCUUGAUGCCUUCCCUGGCGCGGAGCAGGGAAUGUACAUUAUUCGCAGUCAUACUGAUGGUCAGGUCACAGCGCCAACCAGUGUCGAGACUAAUGCGGCGUUUGUUCACCUCGAGCUUCCCGUUCGCGGUUGGGAGAUCUUGUCUGCCUUCCCACUGCAAUCUUUCAGACUGCAGCGCGAGCACCCUGGCAAGGGUCCCGAGAACAUCGCCAUCGCCAACUUAGGUAUUAUUGGUAAAAUGACGGGCGCGGCUGCGAUUGUCAAUACAGACAGCUAUGUCGACCGAGCCUCUGGUCGACUACGAAUCUGGACUUCCUUGAAGGUGUUGGGGACAUUUGGACUCUAUAUUACAGAUCUGAAGCAACGUUCCAUUGAGGACGACUUCUUUGCUGUCAUUUUCGGUCGUCCCAUCUCUAAAGAAUGUGUCAAGGUCAGCGAUGAGUGUGAGAAUGUACUAGAAAUUGACACCAUCAAGGCGUGGGAAGAGAGUGAUUCGAAGGCGGGGUGGAGCAAUGAGGUGGCUGUUGAGGUUGUGAUCAGGUAA